UUUAAUUUUUAUAAUAUCGAGAAGUUUAGAUGUAGUAUAUUUAUAAGUUCAUUAUAUUUUGGUCAAAAGCUGCUUGUUAUUGAAUGAAGAAUGAUAAUUUAUUAUUAUUUCUAUUCCAAGGAUGGGAUUCACAAAAUGUUUAUGAUUGGAUAGCUGGACUAAAUGAAGACCUGUCAAAAUUUGCUGGAAAAUACAAGGAACAAGAAAUAGAUGGCUCUAAGCUUUUGAAUUUUACUGACAAGCAUUACCUUAGAAAUGUGAUUGGAAUUACUGAUGAAAAAUCUUCAGAUCACAUGACUUAUUUAAUAUCAAAAAUUGGUUUUUUGGUGUACGACAAUAAAUAUGAGACACUACAGAGACUUUAUUGCAGGGCCUGUACUGUUGCCAGCAACUUGAGAAGUGUUUUAAAGAAUAAGAUGUCAUUUAAAAAUUAUGAUAGACAGAGAUCGAGUUACGAAGAUACACUGCUAGCCUAUAUAAACACGGAACUAAAAAAUUUGAUCAAAAUAUUUAAUGAUAUCAUCCAUUGGUUGGCUAGAUUCGAUUUCAUAACUUCCCAGGAGGAUGAUUGCCAAACCGUUAAAAUAACUACUUGCUUUCUUUGCAUGGAUUUAGUCAAUUUGACAUCUCGCGUAUUCAAGGGUUUCUUAAAGGUUCUGAGAGAAACGCCAUCUCCUAAAAAUCAGGCCCCCUCCAUGUUUAAUUACGGCAAUGAUAAUAGUAAAAACAUUGAUCAUAAAUUUAGCGGUGAUGGCCCUAAAGAUCGUGAUGAGGUUCGGAAUGGAAAGUCUACCAAGUUCAACUAUUAUAAUGAAGCUAAUCACGAAGUUGUGGAAGAUGAUUUUAAGGAUAAGGAUGACGGUCAUACUCGAAAAGAAAGCGAUGGUUGUAUUAAUAACGAAAAUGUUUGUCAAAAGUCUAAAGAAUUUUUAAAGAAGAGGAGGGAGAGCCAGCUGAAAGAUAAUCAACUAAUAAGAGAUUUAAAUUCCACUAUGUCAGUUGUUAUAGAGUUUUGCCGUGUUGUGAUUCGGUCAUCCUCCUCUAAAUUUGAACCGGAAAUAUUUCUGACGCCCUUUUUUUACAGAAAACUUGUUCUCAAAUCUUCUUUCUUGCCGGCUACAUUUCACUCUUCUAGAAGUUGCGACGAGUUGGAAAGAUCCAAUAAGACGGAAAAUAGGGGAGAUGAAAAUGGCAAAUUCAACGAAAAUAUAUGGGGCAUCGAUAUAAAGGUCGAGAAUGAUUGGCACGUAAUCUCCUAUAUAGCACCUGAAUCUCCAGCCUCGCUUUGCGGUCGCUUAGAUCUAGGAGACCAAGUUUUGAUGAUAUCCAACAAGCUCAUAAUUGGUUGGGAAAUAACCAACGUCAAAAAUCUUCUACUCUCCUCAGUCGAUCCACCUUCCUAUCUAACCCUAAUAACUAGAACAUGUACAAAUUGGCGACAAGUUAAGAAUAUUACCUACUCUACCCAAGCUAAUAUUAUCGUGUCUCCUGGUUCAGAUAUUCAUGAUGCUAAGAAAAAUGGGUACGUAUCAAAUGCACCCUCUAAUGGCCAAAAUGAUAUUCUCGCCAGCCAAUUUAAAUUUUCGCCGACUACUUACGAUUCGGAGUCGUCUGCUCCCGAAAUUAAACGAACCAUGAACAUAGUUGAAAAUAUUCUGAAAGAACAAUCUUGCGUAAAUAAAUUUAAGUGUAAAAACCGUUUAAUGGACCACAAUUCCUCCUUUUCUUCUUCCGAUUACGAAGAAAAUGUAUUUAAAAAUAGAUCAAGGACCGAUGUUAACAUGUUAAUCCCGGAUAUGAGUGCUUCAUCUGCUCAACGAAAUAAGGAACCUUUUCUCAAUGGUGGAAAUUAUAAAAGAAAUCAUUUUCAAUUUAAAACCAUGAAAAAUUGGUUGUUGCAUCAAAAUCGGAGAAAUUUUUUUAAAAACUCAUUGGACUGUAAAAUGAGCCGAGAAUUUGGGAACGAUGCCACUAUUACCGCAAAAGAUAACAAUUCGUCAAAACCUAAAUUUUAUUUUGGAGAUCGGAUCAUAUUACCGUUUAAAAAAAAAACAAAUCCUUCGAACUCUAUGGAAAUCGGUGGUAAAAGAAAAUCAUUCCUAGUGGAUCAUUUGGAUACAGAAUUUCAACAGAAUAUGUUUUCCAAAGAAACAACGACCAAACAUUCCAUUUCCUCCUCCGAUUUCUCGAUUCAAGGCUCAAAAAAAAAUAUGAACGACAAUAUCUUAAUUUUAUCCCUCAAAAAAUUUUCCGCCGCCAAAAAGAUGGUCAAAAAAUUGACCCUUUCAAAUUCCGCCAAAAAACUGAACGAUAAUUUCCAGAUGACUAAAGAGAAUUUCUCACCAAAAUUCUCAUAUACUUCUAAAUUUUAUAAAAGUCUAAGCAAUAAUAUUAUUCAAGGGAACAAGAAAAAUUGUAUAAAUAAUACAAAUCUCUUUGGGUCUAAAUGUUACGGUUAUCAAUUACCUUAUAGAAACUUUGAGGCCACUGAGAACGGAAAAAAUAUGAAUAUUUUGGGGAUUCCCGCCAACCAAAGUGUAGGUUUGGCGAAAAUGCCUUACAUAGACCCUAAAAAUCUUGAUAAUAAAAAGAUUAUAGGACAGAAAAAAUGGGAUAAUUCUAUUAUAUCCAUACCUAAAAGAUACACCAUAUCGAACGAGGCCUUGGAUUUAGCCGAUAAACUCUCUAACGUCAAGCUGGAACAACAAAAAAAUAAUUUGGACAAAAGCAUUCAAGUUUCGACCAAAAAUGACAAAGGAUUGAUGAAUUAUACUACUUGGGUGUUGGUCAAAAAAGUAGAUUCACCCAAAGGCAUUCAUAAAACAUUUUUAUCGCCUUUUUCAACUCCUUACUUACAAAGAUUUAUUACCGAUAAACACAUAGAAGGCGAUAAUUUGCACUAUUUAUCAUCGUCUGCUUCAGCAUCUUUUUCAAACGAUAAAUACAAGCUAGAAGAGGAAAUUCCAAUUAAAUCUCCAGACGACAAAUACAGGCAAACGAACGAUAAUAAUAAUACUUCAAAAUCAUCUGCUUUUGUUUCCUCUGCCAUUUUGUCUUUCCUGCCAGCGUCUCUUAAAACUGGAUGGUUUCAAACUAGGGCACUAAUCUAUUUUCGCAAUGAAAAUGAAAUUGCGGAAAUUAAAGAAAAAAAAAAAUUUGAGAUAGCACCAGCACCAUAUAUGUAUUUACAGACGCCAUCUUGGGAUCGAUUUUUGAAUCAGAUGAGCUUCAAAACGGAGACGAUAUUCGUGCCCGAUUAUUUGGUAAAGCCUUCUAUAAGAAUGCACAAUUGUAUAAAAUUUAUGGGCCAAGGACUCGUCUUAUAUAUGGCUAUGCCGACCAAUUCCGAUUUCAAAAAAUGGUUAGAUAGAUUAAAACCUAUUUCAAAGAAUUAUUAUCAACUAUACCUGACCCUAGCUAAAUCUUAAACUUCAUCCAAUACUGCUAUUUCUUCAAGAGAUGAAGCACACAAAUUUUCUGGUAUCAAAAAAAUCUCCAGCUUUCUAGUCACGCUCGAUAAAUUGCAAACAAAAUUUAAAUAAUAAAUGUUUUUUGUCCGCCCAUUUUUACAAGUAGCAUAUAGG